AGUUCAGAAGAUGAAGUUCGAUAAAUACGAUCUAUCAGUAAUACUAUUAGGGUUUGUGCUCUGCGUGAAUACUCCCGUAGCCGGAGAAUCGCUGACGUGUUUGACGGUGUACAGAGAAGGUGGCGCGCCGGCGGUGUUUCAAUCCCCGAAAUGCCCUCGCUGGACCCUCUCAAAUUUCAAAGCCCAAACCAACCGCCGUUUCGGAUCGCCGUCCCCGGCGUGUCAGUCGGCGACUCUCCAAGGCCGCCGGAAUUCGCAGGAAGAUCGCACUCUCUGUGUUUUCGACCUUCGCAUACCCUUCCCCGGUCCCAAGGGAGCUAAAGAAGUGAAGGUUGGUCUAAUGGCGGUGUUUGAUGGGCAUAAUGGUUCGGAAGCUAGUGAAAUGGCUUCGGAGUUGCUGCUGGAGUAUUUUAUUUUGCACACUUAUUUUCUUCUCGAUUCGACUUACUCGAUUUUAGCGAGAAAAUUGAUAAGACAGCUACCGUUUGAAGGAGAAGAUGGUUCCGGUCAGAAGAUUGAGUGGAAUGAGGACCUUGAUAAUCAUAUUUUGGAUCUCGGAAGGUUCAAGGUUUCAUUGUCAUCUAUCUUAGAUGGAUCACUCGCCUUUGAAUUAUUGAGGGAAGCAUUACUAAGGGCAAUCCAUGAUAUUGAUACAGCUUUUUCAAAGGAUGCAACAAGACACAACCUCAGUUCUGGCACUACAGCAACAGUAGUGCUUCUAGCAGAUUCUCAAAUUCUAGUUGCUAAUGUAGGUGAUUCCAAGGCGUUUUUGUGCUCUGAAGUAUAUCAGCCCCCAUCAGAGGCUAAAGCAUCUGUAUUUAGGGUUGUCAGACAGGGAAGAACAAAUGGUGUUUCUUCAUCCUUGAAAGAAUACCAUCACUUAAAAUCAAUGGCAUCUAAUGGGUGGCUGUUUCUAACUGCCAAGGAACUGACAAAUGAUCACCAUCCUGACAGAGAUGAUGAAAAAUCCCGGGUUGAAUCCGCUGGAGGCAAUAUUUCGAAGUGGGCUGGUGUAGCUCGAAUUAAUGGCCAGUUGGCUGUGUCCAGGGCAAUUGGAGAUGUACAUUAUAAAAGUUUUGGAGUAAUAUCGGUACCUGAGGUUACAGAUUGGCAACCUUUGAUUGCGAACGACAGCUAUGUGAUUGCUGCAUCUGAUGGUGUCUUUGAAAAGCUUAGCCCCCAAGGCGUUUGUGAUAUACUGUGGGAACCCCUUUCUCACUUCACCAUGACACCGGAACUCAAUUCUUCUUGUUCAUACUCAUUAUCUGAAUGCAUAGUUAAUACUGCAUUUGAGCGAGGAAGUAUGGAUAACUUGGCAGCUAUAGUGAUUCCAGUUAAAACACCAGGUUCUUUUGAAAAUUUUCCAAAAGACAGGAGUCACGUUUCAACGGAAUUUGAUUACUUGGCAGUUGGAGAUCAAACACAAAUCUACGAGAGCUCAGCUGCCAACACUUCAUUACUCAUGGAACUACAGCCUCAUCCAGAUGUUGCCAUGUUUGAUAGAUUACUGGUUGAAGGAAAGCACAACAACUAUGGAUGCUUUUAUUUGUCCGAGAACCUUGAUGUGAAUGAUGAUUAUACAUUUUGGGUCCAUAAGGAUGACCGCGAAUCCGUGUCUGACCUGUCACCUGCUUUAACUGGUGCUUAUCAAUUUCCCUGGGGUGGACCAUUAGAUGUGUACAAUGAUCAAAAUUUCUGUGUGCACUUUGGAAUAUAUAUUGACGAGGAUAAAGAUCACUGCAUGAAUUCUGAUGGCUUUGCUAGAUUCCUUGGUUUGCUUCAGUCAGUUCCUUUUCAUAAUACUGUUCAUCAUGAACAUGUGACAUCAGAUACUAGGUACAUAUUAAAGAAGAAGUUUGACCGUGGAGCAUAUGGAGAAGUUUGGCUUGCUUUCAACUGGAAUUGUUCUCAAGUUGGGAAAGAUCUCAAAAUGACACAUGAAAAUGUUCUAUACAGAAAUGAGCGUUGGAGGGCAUAUGAUGACAAUAUAGCUACAAAUGUAAACGCUGAAGAUUGCCACAUUGGCAACUCUAAUGACAAUAUGUUUAUUCUGAAGCGGAUAAUGGUAGAACGGGGAAUCGGUGCUUACUUGAGUGGUCUAAGGGAGAAAUAUUUUGGAGAAAUGUUUUUGAAUGCCUCAAAUUCCUUACAAGGUUUAUCAACUUCCGGCGACACCGAUUUUGUUUGGAAAAUAUCUCAGUGCAAUGCACAUGGCUUCACAAAUGUAAGUGAAUCGGUUAAACAAGAAAUUGAGGAACCCUUGGAUCCCGAGGAUGUGAUUUUUAGGGAAAAAGGACUGCAUGGAGCUGCCUAUGAAGAAGGAUUGAAUCAUAUUGCAAGAUAUGUUGAGUCUUUUGAGUCACGAGCUAAUGAGAUUUGGCUCGUAUUUUAUCAUGAAGGGAUAUCCUUGUCAAAACUUCUGUAUACUGCAGAAGAAGUGGUGACUGAUGCUGAAAGAGAAGGAAAUGACCAUGGGAAGCGUGUUCAGAUAUUGCAUCCAUCAAAAUGGUGGAACUGGUUGAAGACUACAGAAGCAGGGCAAGAGGAAUUCCGUAAUAUCAUAUGGCAGUUGCUGAUGGCACUUAAGUCAUGCCAUGACCGGAAUAUCACUCACAGAGAUAUCAAACCUGAAAACAUGGUAAUAUGCUUUGAAGAUCAGCACUCAGGUAGCUGCUUGAGAGGAAGUCCGAAUGGUGCCCAUAAUUACACUACUAAAAUGCGCAUUAUUGACUUUGGUAGUGCUGUGAAUGAUUUCACAGUGAAGCACUUAUAUGGGUCUGUUGGACCUUCUAGUGCUGAACAAACUUCUGCGUACUCUCCACCGGAAGCUUUUUUAAAUGUGAGUUGGUAUCGGGGGCCAUCAAGUGUCACCACAAAGUAUGAUAUGUGGAGUGUUGGUGUGGUAAUGUUGGAGUUGAUCUUAGGAUCACCAAAUGUGUUUCAGAUUAAUUCUAUAACUCAAGCUCUUCUAGAUCAGCACCUCAAGGGUUGGAAUGAUAGCUUGAAGGAGCUUGCUUAUAAACUUAGAGCCUUGAUGGAAAUGUGCAUCUUGAUUCCUGGAGUUUCCUCAAAACUUCAUCAAAAUUGGAGUACAAAGAGUUCCAGCUCACCCGUUCCGUGGAAGUGCUCCGAAGAAUAUUUCUCUCAUCAAAUACAGAGCAGAGACCCUCUUAAACUAGGGUUCCCAAAUAUAUGGGCGCUGCGUUUAGUACGUGACUUGUUACGCUGGGAUCCGGAGGAACGAAUUGGCGUUGAUGAUGCACUGAGGCAUCCUUAUUUUUCACCACCUCCUAACAAAUCGGCGCAUGCACAAGUCUAGUACAUAUUCGUUUGCUCUAAGAGAGCAAUGACCAUUCAUGGAGCAGGUGCACCAUAAAAGUACAGCAAUUCAAAGGUAACGUAACUUGUAUCUUCUUUCUCCUCUU